AGAGAGUGCUCAUUUCUCGAUUCAGAUCCAAAGUCUCAGUUCUCAUUAUAUAUAUAUAUAUAUAUAUAUAUAUACACACACGCAUAUAUAUAAAUUAUAUAUAGCUAUAUAUAUAUCUGUAUGUAUGGCGAGGAACAUAUUGGUGACAGGUGGUGCUGGUUACAUUGGAAGCCAUACGGUGCUUCAGCUAUUGCUGGGUGGAUACAGAGUUGUUGUGAUCGACAAUCUCGAUAACUCUUGUGAUAUCGCAAUCAAGCGAGUUCAAGAACUCGCCGGCCCAGAGUAUGCCUCAAACCUUUCCUUUCACAAGAUAGACCUCAGGGAUAAGACGGCGCUUGGAAAGAUUUUUGCUUCAACAAAAUUUGAUGCUGUCAUCCAUUUUGCUGGCCUAAAGGCAGUUGGUGAAAGCGUGGCAAAACCAUUGCUGUACCAUGAUAACAACCUUAUUGGUACAAUUAAUCUAUUGGAAAUUAUGGUUGCCAAUGAAUGCAAAAAGCUUGUUUUUUCAUCAUCAGCAACUGUUUACGGUUGGCCAAAGGAGGUUCCGUGUACAGAGGAGUUUCCAUUAUCUGCAGCAAAUCCUUAUGGACGGACCAAGCUCUUCAUUGAAGAAAUAUGCCGUGAUGUCUACCUCUCGGACUCAGAAUGGAAAAUUAUAUUGCUUCGAUACUUCAAUCCAGUUGGUGCACAUCCUAGUGGCUACAUUGGCGAGGAUCCCCAUGGUACACCAAACAAUCUCAUGCCCUUUAUUCAGCAAGUUGCUGUUGGCAGGCGAUCUGCAUUGACAGUUUUUGGAAGUGACUAUGCAACAAGUGAUGGUACAGGGGUACGUGAUUUUGUUCAUGUUAUGGAUUUAGCAGAUGGACAUAUUGCUGCAUUGUGCAAGCUAUCUGAUCCUUCCGUAGGCUGUGAAGUGUACAACUUGGGAACUGGAAAAGGAACAACGGUUUUGGAAAUGGUAGCAGCAUUUGAGAAGGCAUCUGGAAAGAAAAUUCCUCUGGUUAUGGCUGGGCGGAGACCUGGUGAUGCAGAGGUUGUAUAUGCAUCAACAGCCAAAGCAGAGCGCGAGCUGAAAUGGAAGGCAAAAUACGGCAUUGAUGAGAUGUCUCGUGAUCAAUGGAACUGGGCUAGCAAGAACCCUUAUGGCUAUGGAUCUCCAAAAUCUGGGGCUUCACUGAUUGCGCAUAUUUAGAACCUGAUUAUUUUUACUUUUAAUGUCACUUUCAUUCAUUUUAGGGUUUUAUUCUAGUUUCUAGAACAAAUUUAAGUUCCAUUUCACACAGAGGUAGUAUUCUAGUUACAUUUAGAAUGGUAUUAUUUUUGGUAAAUAUGUUAUUAUGGACUUCUCAAUAAAAGUGCCAACUUUUCAGAAUA